ACACCCCCACACUCAUGGGGAGGGAGAUAACUGUGAUUCCACUGCUGAAUUUUUAACGCUGUUGUGGAACUCUUUUCCAGCCGGGUUCAGUUUCACUGACAGACGUUUGUUUCUGCGGCGCUCUCAGGUGGGAUGGAAACUCUGCGCCGGGUUGACGACUCUUCACCUCCACUCUGACCGGAUGCUGUUGCCGUGACAACAUGAACCCCAACAGAGAGAAGGAGCCUCUGCGGCGGCGAUGCAGCACACCCAUACCCCCCCUCUCCCAUCACCUGUCCAGGACUUGGGACCCCCGCCUUUCUAGCUGCACUCAAGCAGACCCAGAGAACUUGAAUGUUUGCCGCAGCCACCCCCCUCUGGGACAGUCAGCGUCCUACCACCCUGGAGACAAAUCCCUGCACUACCGGGCCCAGUGGAGCUCUGACUCUGAUGAGGACUCGCAGAGUGACUCGGACUGUGUUUACAGAGUGGUGCUGCUGGGAGACCAUGGUGUCGGGAAGACCAGCCUCGCUGGGAUCUUUGCUGGAGUCACAGAGAGGGACGAGCAUCCUGGAGAUGACACAUAUGAGCGGACGCUGACGGUGGAUGGAGAGGACGCCACGCUGGUUGUCAUGGACACGUGGCAGACUGAUAAACCGGAGGCUGGGGGCAAAGGUCCUGACUGCUGCCUGCAGGUUGGGAGUGCUUACGUCAUCGUCUACUCCGUCACGGACCGCUCCAGCUUCGACUCUGCUGCUGAGCUGCGCAUCACUCUGAGGCGCGCCCGGCAGGCCGAAAACCUUCCCAUCAUCCUCGUGGGCAACAAGAGCGACCUGGUCCGGGCCAGAGAGGUAGCAGUGGAAGAGGGCCGGGCGUGCGCCGUGGUGUUCGACUGUAAGUUCAUUGAGACCUCGGCCUCCCUGCAGCACAACGUGGCCGAGCUGUUUGAGGGCGUGGUGCGGCAAAUCCGCCUCCGUCGGGACAGCAGUGAGGUCACCAAGCGGAGGCUCUCAACCUACAAGCGCAAAGAGAGUCUGACCCAAAAAGCCCGGCGGUUCCUGGACCGUUUGGUUGCACGUAACAACCAGCGCAUGGCGGUGAAGGUCCGGUCCAAAAGCUGUCAUGACCUGGCUGUUCUUUAGAGGACUUCUCUGACUGACUCGUGGAAGGUCGGAAAUAUCCAACACGACAAGGACGAACGUGUCUGCCACAAUCAGACAACCGGACCCAGACCGUGACCGGAGUUCUGCUGCUGUUUUAUUGACUGGUCAGACUUUGGUUCUUCUGGACCACUUGAACACCAAGAUUCCAGCUGAUGAGGAAGACCAUCACUGAGGGUUCUUCAUCUGUGCUGGAGGUCAGUGUUUGCUGUCAUGUGAGGUCUGCAGGGUUUCCAGGAUAGAAGAACUUUUUCAGAGGAAAACAGUUGCUGUGAUCUGAACAAAAGCCAUUCUGUUCCUGCAGGAAAGUCUUUCCCUCCACAGUAAUAAACCUUCAGAAAGCAUC